AAGUUAAAAGGGAGUUGGAACGGCUCAAGCAGACACUAUAAAUCAUCGGGCCUUUACUCGUUUAGUAGAAUUUCGAAAGCAAAUGAUGCAGAGGCUCAAGGUAGCUGUAUUGGCCAGACAUGGCGGCCUUGACAGUUGUCGUUUCCUCCGCCAUUGCAGCAGAAGAGGGCUCUGCUCUCUCCCGGACACUGCCCUCAACGAUGAUCUUGAUAACCAAGUAUUGGUUGAAGGCAAAGCUUGGUCCAGAACUGCAGUUCUCAACAGACCUUCUGUGCUCAAUGCUCUCACUACUGCAAUGGGGCUUAGAUUGCAGAAACUGUACAGAAGUUGGGAAGAUAAUCCGGAUGUGGGCUUUAUUGCAUUGAAGGGCAGUGGCAAGGCAUUUUGUGCGGGUGGAGAUGUAGUGUCUCUCUAUCAUUUGAUAAACGAAGGGAGAAUGGAAGAUUGUAAGGAGUUUUUUAGGGCAUUGUAUCCUUUUAUAUAUCUCCUGGGCACAUGUUUAAAGCCACAUGUGGCUAUCUUGAAUGGCGUUACCAUGGGUGGCGGUGCUGGUGUCUCAAUCCCUGGAACAUUCCGCAUUGCAACUGAUAAAACUGAUGGAUAUGCUUAAUGUAUUCCGAUAAUUGGUAUUGGAGGAAUUGCUAAGACGACUCUUUCUCAGUUGGCAUAUAAUGAUGAGCGGGUAAUCCAACAUUUUGAUGUUAGGAUGUGGACUUUUGUCUCGGAUGAUCUCAAUAUCAAGAAGAUCAUGACGUCAGUUAUUGAGUCUGUAACAAGGGAAGAUUGAAAGUUCUCGGAGUGACUUACUUCAAUCUCGACUUUGGCAUUUGCUGCACAACAAAAGAUAUCUAAUUGUGUUGGAUGAUGUUUGGACUGAAGAUCAAGAUGACUGGGACAAACUAAGAUCUUUGUUUAGAGAAGGAGUUGAUGGAUGCAAAAUCAUUAUCACUCCCCGCAAUAAAAAAGUCUCAUUCAUGAUGGACUCUCCAACUUCGCCAUAUUAUUUGAAGGGU